AGCAUAGUCGAUAACCUAUUCUCCACUAAAUUUCAACAAAAAAGCGAGCGGACACUUGGGGCAGUUCCCUCGUGAGUCAGUAUACUGGCAGAAGGUCACAUGUCAUGUCAUCAAACCAGAUUUUUAAUGAAUGUUGUAUAUCUCGAGAAGACAAAAACUCGGAAACUAUUUCCGAAUAAAGUUAUAAGUAUUCAUCAAAAAAACUCAAUUAUACAACGCCAUUAGAUCGACUAUGUGUAGUAGACAAAUAGAGAAAUGUAUGAUUUACUCGAUACCAGAACGAUUAUGCUUUUCAAAAUGGAAUGCUUCUAUCAAUGUACGAAUAAGUCACAAACGGACAACGGGAAAGACUUCAGUUUGUUGUCAUUUUGUAGCCAAGACCUAACUUUAUCUUGUGAAUGAUGUGGGCACCGGAAACUUGGAUUUUUAGAUCAUGUGCUUCAUGAAUCUAUUGAACAGGGUUAGUGUCUGCUUUUUUUCUUGACCAUAGCAACAUCUUUGUCUAAUAGCUGUAGUUGACAGCCCACAGGCUCCAGAAGUCACGCAAGUCCGAUCUCUUUAUCCAUCAAUGUGUUAAAAGUGACUUUCUUCUGUAGUACUAAUUGAAAUGCCAAUUCUGGUGUUAUUUGCAAGAAUGAUUCUUUUCAGUAUUCUCGCUUAGUAUAGUUAGAUAGAGAAAAAAUAGAAGUUGUGCGGUACAGAUACGUUUAACAUUAAUUUCUAAUGAGGUAUGUAUAGAGUGAUUGCCCAUCAUCCAUCCAUCACUGUCAAGAUAUCAUUUCCUUGUAAAAAAAAGAACAAAACAAAGAAGAAGGUGAAAUUAUAAGACCACUAUACACACUUCAAGUCAACUUCCUUCUGAUAAUGGGGUUAGGGAACCUUUUUCGAAACAAUUAAAAGAAUCGAACAAGUUCCUUCGUACACCAUCAUCAUCGUCAGUAUCAACAACAUGGAGUCCAUGUUGUUCCAUGCUCACAGAAAAAGAGGACAAAAUAAAUAAGAAUGGAAAAUAACAGAAAAGGAACCUAGAACAAUACAAGUAGGCUCAUAUUUUGAGAAAUAGUUUGAAGGACGCCUUUGAAAGCACUGGCGAGGCAGGGCUCCCAACUGUCCAAUUGUUAUUUUAAUGAAAUCCAUUGAGCUGUAGGUAAUCUACAAAGCAAAGCCAGUUUUCCAGAUACUCGCAAAAAUCUCCGAAACUUUUCUUAAUAAGCCACGUUUAUAGCCCGCGAAAUUCUGAUCAAAAUCAGACAUUCCCCAGCUCUACACGGCCUUUCUUUGCAAAGUUAUAGAAUUUACAAGAAAAGCCCUAAAUUAACUUUUCCCGUAGCUUUGAGCUGACAAUGAACAUUUAGGGCUUUUCUUACAAGUACUAUAACUUUGCAAAGAAAGGCCAUGUAGAGCUGAGGAAUAUCUCAUUUUGAUCAGAAUUUCGUGGGCUACAAACAUGAUUUAAGAAAAGUUUGGAAGAUUUUUUCGAGUAUCUGGAAAACUAGUUUUCUAGAAAAGCAGUUUCUGAAGGCCUGCAAGCCCGUCUUAUGUUGGUACUGGGAAUCACCAUGACUGAUUACCUACAACACAGUGGAUUUCAUUAAAAAAACGAUUGGGCAGUUGGGGACCUUUUCUCGUGAGAGACGGUUUUGAUACUAUAAUGUGCAUCAGAGGUCUGCGCGACCAUACUUUUUGAGCCCCAGUCCCGCAGAAAAAACUUGUUUUUGGUCCAUAUAAUUAUGUGCCAUUGACCACUACGCAGAGCAGGGUUGAGGUAAGAGCAGAAAAUUUGCCGAUGAAAUAAAAUUUUUUUGUUACUACAUAAACUCACAUUACACGAGAAAAGAUUUUGUUAAAAUAACAUCAUUUUCUUUAGAUUUAGGUUAUGAUAUUUAUGAGGGUCACGAUUAUGUAACACCGAACAGAUUAUGGAGUCCAUGGAUAGAAGGUAAUUUUACGAAAGAUUUGAAACUUAUCGAUAAAUUUACAAUUGAAAUAAAUCAGACUUUAUCUGCUCCAUUUGAACUGAUACUUUCGAAUAACAAAAAUCCUGAUGCAAUUGAUAGUUACUCGAUAAAAUUAAUUGUCAGUGAAACACAGGCGUCAAUAAACAAAGUAUCAAAUAAUUCAACAUUUAUACUAAACCAGACCAAAUAUAUUGAUACAUUUUUACAUAAAGAUCACGGUUCACACACUUAUUGGUUAAGUAUUGAUUCGAAUGAUUUACUUGUUAAAUAUGGCCAAGGUGAAGUCAGAGAUAAAUUAACGAUUAUGAAAUGUAAAUUAGAUAAAGAACAUUUAAAAAACCAAAUUCAAUAUCUUCAUGUCAAAUUCAAUAAUACCACAGAUUUAAGUAAAUUAAAAGAUUUAGAAGAUACAACGACAAUAAAAUUUUGUAGAUUUUCCGUUGCAAAUCAUGAUCCACCAUUGUUUAUUAUUAAACGAAGUACACCGACAUGCGAAGUAAAGACAUGCGGUCUGGAAUUUUCGGGAUUAGCUGAACCAUAUGGAACAUUAUAUAAGGAUGUUAUUAGUUGGAGAUUAGCUGAUGAGUUUGAACAAUUUACUGAAGCUGCUGAAGCAAUUCAUCGAAGUGUAACAAAUCCGGAUGGAUGGUGUUUCCAAAAAUUACAAAUGAAAUCACAAACAUUUGGUGAUAAGCCGAAUAUCUUAGGAACAUAUUUGAGAAUAACAAUUGGAGAAAAUAAUUUUGCUGGUAGUCGAUAUGUAUUGGAAAUUUGGCCACCUUUACAUUAUAGUCCUAUUCGCGCACAUACAAAUGCACUUGGUAUUGUACACGUAUUGUAUGGACAAGUAAAUAUUCAAUUAUUUGCAUCACUAAAUGUUGAACACCAAGUACCAUUUCACAAUGCAACAUUGGAAAAAAAUAAUGUCACAUGGCUAUCACCGGGUUUAAACCAAAUUCGUAAGAUAAUGAAUCCGUCACACGACGAAACAGCUAUAGUAAUACAGACUUAUCGGUAUGGUAAACAAGAUUACAGUGGUUAUGAAUAUUUUGAUUAUAUUGAUAAUGAUGAUCGACAAAUUAAGUCAUUUUUACCAAAAACUGAUCUUGAAUAUGUUGAAUUUAAAAAAAUAAUAAUUCGUGAAUGGAAUGAUGAUAUUGCAAAAAGAAAUGAUUGUCCGUAA